GUCCCAAUGGACAGAUGCCAUAAGAACUAAAAACUGAACUGAAAAGUGAACCAUAGAACCCUGUAAUAUUGGGCCAGCGAUACCUAUGCUAACCACGGUUUAAAGGUUUGCCUGAAUUGAAUUUACACACUGUAUUUAACGAUUUUUUUUCCAUAUAAGUAAUAUUUUUAUAAAAUACGUUUGACCCUAUUAGACACAAUUUUACUUCCCAACACAAAACAACUAAGAUGAUAUUUUGAUAUAAAACAAACACAACCUUAUCCAACAUUGAUGCUAUUCUAAAGAAGUACAUUCUGGCGCCUUCGGCGCUCUUCAAUUUAUUUACUGCGCGCCAAUUAUAGAAGAAAAUCAAUUUGGCCGCUCACAGAACCAUUGAAACCAAUUAAUUUCCAAUUCCGUUUCGCCCACUUAACUGACGCUUCGAGCGGUGUCAUGGAGCGAAUUUUGGUCUUUAUUUGUAUUUCUUCUCUGGUGAUCACUUUUCAUAUUACAACUGGUAGAAAGCUCAGUUUGAGACAAGGGCCUCCACAGGAAGAGCCGCCGGGACCUAUCGCCACCGCACACCUAAAAAACUGCACAAUGUGCCCCAGACACUACAAGCCGGUAUGCGCUUCCAACGGCCACUGGUACCACAAUCCCUGCUUCAUGGCGUGCGAGGUCGGCGACAACAGUAGCAUCGGUAUCUUGUACGAAGGUGUAUGCAGACCUGAACACAUGCAUGACCGAAUUAUAGAAACGACUGAACCACCAGAAAAAACAUGUGCGAAUUCAUGCCCGGAUGAAUACCUCCCGGUAUGUGCAAGUAAUCUCAAAUGGUAUAAUAACAAGUGCUUAAUGGAAUGCGAUAAUGCUGAAGAAGCCCUUGAUAAUACAUAUUGCACUGUAACUAUGCCUCCAAUAGUAUCUGAAGAACAUUACAGAGCUAACUGUACGCACUGUUCGAAGGUGUAUGACCCAGUGUGUAUGAGCGACGGUAAAUGGUAUUAUAACAUUUGUAUGAUGGAUUGUAUACGUGGCGAUUUAAGGAGAGAAACAGUCCUUUAUCAUGGAAAGUGUAUUCACUUUUUGUAGUAAGUAGUUUCCUUUGGUGGAGGAUAUUUUGUAUAGCGGUCGAUUGGGAAGAUAUUGAUACAAAUACAAAUACUAAUACAACA